CUGGUUUCAGUCUGUUGAAGAAGCUUUUCCGGUGUACACCAUCAACGCUCUACGUCUCGAUUCGAUUGUAAGGGACGACAACAGGGCAGCAGCAGCAGUGUUUGUUGUGGCCGAGAUAAGUGAGUCAACAUUUCGGUGGACGGGGUUUUGUGCGCAACAAGUUGGUGGUAUCUGGUGCAGUCGCAGAUUUCGAGGAUAACCGACACCAUGAUGGACAUUUCUGCGAGGAAUGCAGUGAAUUGCUGAAGAUUAGUGUGGAAUUGAAGGGUGUUGAAAACAAUUACGUGAAGUGAAAAAAUUGAACAAACCUAUAAAAAAAAACAAUAAAAAAGGACUGUAAAGCCUAAAGUGUUUGUGAGCGGGCCUCGAGCUUCAUCAAUCAAGUGGAUAUCGAAUUUCAUUCUUCUCGGAGCAGGACCCCACAAAGUCAAGAUAUCGUUCCGCAGCAGAUCCACCCCCAAGGAAUCCGCCAUGAAGACGGAGGAGAAAACGAACGUACCCCGGGUACGGAUAGCGGUCCUCGGGAACAUGAACGUUGGCAAAUCAGCCCUCACAGUGCGAUACCUGACGCGGAGGUUCAUCGGCGAGUACCGGUCCAACACGGACCUGCUGUACAAGCAAACAGUCACACUGGACAGCGGCGUGCUGGACGUAGAGAUUGUGGACAUCUCGGCGGAGAAUGGUGAUGAUUUCCCCGUGGAGCAGAUCCAGUGGGCGGACGCGUGCCUCGUCGUAUACAGCAUCACGGACCGGACGAGCUACGAGUACGCCCAGCGGUCACUGGCCGAGCUGCGCCAGCUGCAGAACUCGCCCUCGGCCUAUCUGAUCGGGAACAAGGCCGACCUGGACCACUUGAGAGAGGUCCAGGAAACGGAAGGAGCCACCCUGGCGGCGUCCCACGCCAUCGGCUUUUGUGAAGUGUCCGUCGCAGACAACUCACCCUCACUUUAUAAAGCCUUUGAGCGGUUGCUGGCCGAGUCCCGCGCUCGACCCGUCAAACCGCGAAAGUUCUCCGUUAGCAAAAUGUUCGGUACCCUCAUCGGCAACAACGGAACCCGGCAGUCGGCGGCCACGACAGUCAGCGGCACGGUUGUGCCCUGCCACAAGGGCGAGCUGCACAAGCUGAAGCGACGUCCAAUGCACCACACGGCCUCGCUAUGACCGACAUCGACGACAACGACGGCCGAGGACACUGCUUAAGGCGGUGGUUUGUUUUGCUGUUUUGGGAUUCCGCGGAAUCCAACUCCAAGCCGGUGCGAUGUACUCCGAAGCAGAGCAGAGUGUACAGUAUUUAGUAUUAGGUCUAGCCUUAGAAUGUGGUGUAUACACACACGCACUCUCCAUUGACUGACAGUGGUCGGUAUCUUGGCGUUGGACGGAGGAAUUUCGGCGUACAAGACACGCGUCUUGGGGCUAACGUCGCGCGGGAUUAAACAAAAAUGUGAUUUAAAUUUAGCUUUCUGUAUACACUACGAGCCGAGCGAGCAGGGCAUACUUAACACACAAUAACCGUAAACAUUUAGUAGCAUACCCCACCAAACUAAUCCAAACUCACUGACACAACUAUGUGCACUUACAGACCGAUAAUUUCCAAUGCAAACAGCCUAUCACUUUAUCGUUUUAGAUAAAGUGAUCCUGGAUGAGCAUUUACAUGUAGUGUAACUCAAUCCCUUGUGACAUCUCUUGUAAUUAAGAAACGCUCAGAAAAAAAAAAUCGUGAAAACCUACAAGGACAAUACGUAAGGCGCACAACAGCCCCCGGUCGAACGCGUUGGGACUUUUCCACUGUCCUAAUUAUUAUUCCGUGGACCACGUGUACACAUGUGUCGACUUAAUCGCUACUAACGAUGAGGGGAAAAUUUUCCACGCGAUAACAACGACGGCGAUAUGUUAGCGCGAUGUAGCGAAAGAUAUCCGCACUGACAGCGUGUUUUGCUGCGAAAAGUACACGUGCAGAGCCCCUUUUUAACUCAAAAAAAAAACAAUGCAUGUGUCUAGUCCACCUACAACUUCCCGGAUUAAAAGUAAUCCGAUCAAAAAUUGUAAAAUUCAAAAACUCACGUUUGAAACGAGUAAGCCAGGCCCCUCAUUCAUUCGAUUUCUUCAUUCAUCUCCCCGCCGGAAUUGAAUGAUGUUUUGAUUGCACGUGUCCAACCGCAUCCACCCCCACACACACAGCACACUUUUGUGCCGAGCCGACUCUCGAGCAUCGCCACCAACUCUCAUCAGUGGUCGAUUGUUUCGGAAAAUUUUCCGACAUCAAUGGUUCGGUAUUGAUAUUUCACAUACACACACGCGUACGUUUCUGCGGAUUAAAUUUCCAUUUUCAUUAUUGCUGGAGGUGGAUAUUUCCGCAAAACCGGAAUGGCGUGAUCACCAUAUUGAUGCGAUGGAACACGAAUUCAAGUGUUCACUUUCCGGCUGUUAAUGGAACGUGAAUGGAAUUAGCGCUGGUUUUUUUUAUCUUACUGGAUCUUCGCAAUUGUGAGUAACCGUGCGAUUCCACCGUGUGGGACUUUUUUCUGGUUAAUUCGAUGGAGUCUCACGGUGUUUACAUUUUUCAACAUUUUUCGAACAUCUCGCAAAAAAUUGUUUUGACACACACGACGCAUGUAAUGUGAAUACCGUUUCCACAACAUUUUCAACAAGAAUAAACAUUUUAUUCUUUAUUCGACUUAAAUGUCAUCGAUACAUGUAACCAAUGUGAUGCAACAACCACUCAGCAGCUGAGGACUACUUUCAGAUCAAUCCGCGUGGGAAUCUCCAAAACAGUUGACGUCAUCGGAAAACGACAUCUUUCUGUGCAGCAACGUCUAUUGUUAGUCUGCAGUUGAGAGAUCUGAGUGCUAAAAAUAUCCGAUUCUGGACUCCAGCAAAUCGUAAAAUAUUUCAUAAAACUUCCACGACCGCCACCUAAAUGACGUACUUGUGGAAAUCAACUCAUUGCAAGAGUGGCCACCUGUUUGGAGGAAUGUAUAACAUAUGGUGCGCAAUAGCCUGCCACCACCGUCGGUGGUCUCGGGUUGUACGCAAGUUGUCAACAGCAGAAAUUGAGUCGUACUGGUGCGACUAAUCUACUUCCUUUGAAAGCAAAUUAAAUUUUACUUUCGUUUUUUUAUGAAAAGGGCUUUUUACGUAUUACCAGUUUACAAAUUCGGCAUAAUUAUCAAAUAUGGCUGUGAAUACCAAUAGUUUUGAUUAGAGAAAUAUUAUAAUCAAAUUUGUAUGUUGUAGAUGGUUUUCAAAAUUUAUUUACUUUUGGUUUACAAUUUUCUUCGUUCCCAUGGAUAUUCUCGUAAAUGACAUUACAUGUAAAAUUUAAGACCAGGCAAAACAAUACACAUUAUAAACCAUAACUUAUCAAUUAUAGCAGCUCAAGAAACUCAGAAAGAUAAACAAAAUAAAUUCAACGAUGUAAAGCAGAAAUAACUCCCAAAUAAUCCAGCAAAAAAAACAAGCUUGUCCUACAAUAUGACACUUUAGACACAAAAUAUCAAACAAACAAGUGAUGUGCGGAGAAUUGGAUUUUAUACCUACCAAAAACAAUAUAAAAUUGAGAUAUUCCUAUUGAAUCGAAUCGAUUGAGCCUAAUGAAGCACAGUGAGGUAGGGUAACUUAGCUAUAACAAUUAUUACUGUUAGUCGUUAGAAAUAUUUAUAUUGUACAAUGUAUUACUAAAAUUAAGCCACCUUAAACGGUUUGAGUAUAUUCUCAUUUGAGAGCAUCAAUAAACGAAAUUAAACUGAAAAAAA